AUGAUGGGCUCAGUGCUCCCGGCUGAGGCCCUGGUGCUCAAGACCGGGCUGAAGGCGCCGGGGCUGGCGCUGGCUGAGGUCAUCACCUCCGACAUCCUGCACAGCUUCCUCUACGGCCGCUGGCGCAACGUGCUGGGCGAGCAGCUCUUCGAGGACAAGAGCCACCACGCCAGCCCCAAGACCGCCUUCACCGCCGAGGUCCUGGCGCAGUCCUUCUCCGGCGAGGUGCAGAAGCUGUCCAGCCUGGUGCUGCCGGCGGAGGUGAUCAUCGCGCAGAGUUCCAUCCCCGGCGAGGGCCUCGGCAUCUUCUCCAAGACGUGGAUCAAGGCGGGCGCCGAGAUGGGCCCCUUCACGGGCAGGGUCAUCGCCCCGGAGCACGUGGACAUUUGCAAAAACAACAACCUCAUGUGGGAGGUGUUCAACGAGGACGGCACAGUGCGCUACUUUAUCGAUGCCAGCCAGGAGGACCACCGAAGCUGGAUGACCUACAUCAAGUGCGCACGUAACGAGCAGGAGCAGAACCUGGAGGUCGUCCAGAUCGGCACCAGCAUCUUCUACAAGGCCAUCGAGAUGAUCCCCCCGGACCAGGAGCUGCUGGUGUGGUACGGGAACUCGCACAACACCUUCCUGGGCAUCCCCGGCGUGCCCGGGCUGGAGGAGGACCAGAAAAAGAACAAGCAUGAGGAUUUCCAUCCCGCGGACUCGGCUGCGGGCACCGCGGGUCGCAUGCGCUGCGUCAUCUGCCACCGCGGCUUCAACUCUCGCAGCAACCUGCGCUCGCACAUGCGCAUCCACACGCUGGACAAGCCCUUCGUGUGCCGCUUUUGCAACCGCCGCUUCAGCCAGUCGUCCACACUGCGUAACCACGUGCGCCUGCACACGGGCGAGCGCCCCUACAAGUGCCAGGUGUGCCAGAGCGCCUACUCGCAGCUGGCCGGCCUGCGCGCCCACCAGAAGAGCGCGCGCCACCGGCCGCCCAGCGCCGCGCUGCAGGCGCACUCGCCCGCGCUGCCCGCGCCCCACGCGCACGCGCCUGCGCUCGCCGCCGCGGCCGCCGCCGCGCACCACCUGCCGGCGAUGGUGCUGUGAGCGCCGCGCUCGCGCCUUCCCGCCUGCGGCGCCCGGGCCCCCUGCUGCUGCUCUCUUCCGACCGGACCUCCGGCAGUGGCGGUGCGCUCCAAGAGUGACCCCCCAGGCAUACAUUUUUCACCCCGUUUUUCAGAUGAGGACACUGGACACUGGAGGACGACGUUCCUUUCCUGGGGCCACCCAACUUGUUGCAGCUGCUCCGCUGCCUCCUUUUGGGGUGGGUGGUCCCCAUGCCCGGCUUCACCUUGUCCUGUUGAGCCGGCCGCCCAGACUGGCAUCCCCCCUCGUGGAUGGCAGGACAAGGGAAUGAAAGUCUCCGGGGGCCCUGAGAGGGGGAAGGGAUCGCCGACUCCCCCACGGAGAGCUGUGUGUUGGGAAUGGAGAGAGAGCGACCUUCCUGUCCCAGAGUCGCCUGGCGUGCGCCCGCCCCUCUGUCCCCUCAUCCUUCCUCUUGCAACUCGUCACCUGCAGGGUCCAGAGUACGGACGUGACUUUGAGAGCUGGGGGCCGACGGGACUCGGAGGCAGUCCGAAAAGCCCCUGGAGACCUGCACUGCCCUGGGGGUAGGGGGCGGUGUCUCCUUCCGGCCACCUUCCUUCCCCCGACCCAGCCGGGCUCCCAGGGCGUGGCUGGGGCACGGACUUUGCAGAGCUGAGAGUGCCGGCAAAACAGACACCCGCUGUGGGACCCCGGGCAAGGACCUGUCCCUCUUUGGGCCUCAGUUUCUCCUUUGCCCCGUCUAUACAAUGAGAGCGUUGGACCGAGGCCCCCUCCCCUUCAGCUCUGACCUCGGGCUUGGGAAGGGGAGGUUUCCCGGCCAGUCCUCGCCACACUGCAGCUAGCGGAGCGCGGGACUGGAUUGUCUGCCGGGGAAGCUCUUCCUAGCCCAGCCCGCCCACGCCCGCCCUCGCUCUUUCCCGUUUUCCCCAAACUCGGCCCUAGCGCCCUCUGGUGUCACCUCUCCCGCCUUGCAGUCAUUUACCAGUAUUUCCGUAGGACGUUUUGUAAGAUAAAGAAACUAUAAUAAUAAUAUUAAUGAAAAGUAUAAAAUGUAUAGAGUUUUCAAGAAGCUGUGUUCUACUUCCAGAAAAUGGUCACUUUAACUUUGUAAAUAUUUAUCUAAAAUGAUAUUUACAAAACUGUGAUAUAUAUUACUUGAUUGUAUAUGUAUAACUGUAAAUACAUUUGUACCUCUCUUGUAUUCUAAAAUAAAAAUCAC